UUCCUUGGUUUGUUAGAAGGAAAGGAAAGGAAGGCAUCUACUAUUCUGAAGGGAAUUGAAGUUCCUUGCAGCUUAUCUGACAGUUCCCUCCUAAUUUUCUUUCUGGUACAAAACCCAAGCUCUCCCAUUUCCACAAACCCAUCUUCACACUCUCUCUUCUCUUCUCUUCUCUUCUCAUUUCUCAUUCCACUCCCCUCCCUUUCAAAUCAAACUCAAUUAUAAAGAAAACCUGCAUUGAAACUUUUGGUUUUUCUUCUCUUUAGGAGUUUUCUCUGUACUCAGUUGCACUAAUCCUAGAAAAAGCUAGAAAUGGGAAUUGGAGGAACUUUGGAGUAUUUGUCUGAUCUGAUGAGCAGUAGUGGCCUUAAACACAAGAAGAAGAAGCAAUUACAGACUGUGGAGCUCAAGGUGAGGAUGGACUGUGAUGGGUGUGAGCUUAAGGUCAAGAAAGCCCUAUCUUCAUUGAGUGGGGUGAAAUCUGUGGACAUAAACAGGAAACAGCAGAAGGUGACUGUAACCGGGUACGUCGAAGCAAACAAGGUGUUGAAGAAGGCAAAAUCAACAGGGAAAAAGGCUGAGAUUUGGCCUUAUGUUCCUUACAACCUUGUAGCUCAGCCUUACGUAGCUCAGGCUUAUGACAAGAAAGCACCUCCUGGUUAUGUCAGAAAUGUAGACAACACUGCCACCACUGCCAUUGUUACCAGAUAUGAAGAUCCCUACAUAACUUUAUUCAGUGAUGAAAACCCAAAUGCCUGCUCUAUCAUGUAAACGGAGAAAAACUACCCCAUCAUCUUCCAUCCCCUUUGCUUCCCCUGCUACUUCUAGGAGCACCCAGAAACUAGAAAAUUAAUGUAAAAUUCUACUUUAGUACUUUCCUUUUCUUUUCUUUUUUUUUUUUUGGUUGUACUUAUCUUUCUAAUUAGCGAACUAUGAGAUGAUUGUUGAGUUUGUUUGUAUUUUUCCUCUUUCUUUAUAUUUCUUGUUGCUUGUGCUGAUGGUCCUGGGUGAGUACUGGUUUGUAGAUUUGCAAGGGAGUUGGUUUUGUGGGGCUAAAGGUGAUGAAAUGGUUUCAGAUACGGUGGAAAUAAUGCAAGUUGAAUGAG